GGUCGGGGGAAGUAGCAGCAGCGGCUCUUGGUCAAAUUUGUUACCUCGCGAGGGGGAUGAUUCCAGUUCAUAUAUGGGAUAAGGCAAGACUCGGCACUGCUCUUGCCGGGACUGCAGCUCUUGCAACUGCUGCUACGCGCGAUAGUAAUGGUGACACGGGGCAGUGGUAUGCGCAGGUCGUGCGCUGCACGGCGAGCGUUUCGUCUAUCUGAGCUGAUCGCCUCGCGGAGAGGAUGGGCGCAAGACAAGCGGCGGACAUUCCGCAUUCCUGUAAGCGUCGGGUCAUUGCAGGCGAUGGCCUCUGUAGCUGCGUGUUCGAUUCCAACAGCAUCAGCUUCAGCGUUUCCUUGGGGCACACCGCUUAAAUCGGCCUCCGAGUUUGCAGAUACACAGGCCGGAUGCAGCAACCCUGACACUGUCAAGUACAAGCGGAUCUUCAGCAGACGGCUGACAACCGGCCACGUCACCCGCAGGUCGGCCUGUCGGGAUCUGUUGGUAACGAGGAGGGAGCGGUCGCAAUCUGUUCCAAGCUUCUCUCAAAGGCUACUUUCUCCCAACACCUUGACCCUCCCCUCCCUCUCCCUCUCCCUCUCCCUUGGCGUUGAACCCAAAGCUCAAGCUCAAGCGAGUCAACGUCCGCCUACGGCUUCUGAAGGGCGUUUGACUUUGACUACGAAGCGGCCGAGCAAUUCUCUGUCGUUCCCCCCUAGUCUGUUCCUCAAAGGCACGCAACCGCUGUGUGCCUUGCGCAGGUGUUCUGUGAGGAUGGAUGGUGGGGACCACAAUGCAAGCUCCGUGAGGAGAAGAGAGGGCACUGCCAGUACACGUGCUGCUGCUGCUGCUGCUGCUGACUUUGGUGGCAAGUCGUCUGACACGUCAGCCUUAGGUGGUGCUUCCGGUAUUGCUGAUGUCUCUGCUGUGGAGGAGCCUACUGCUUCUCCGAGCAAGCAGAAGGGAGGAGCUGCCAGCCCCUUGAAGCUGGCAGGCAUCGUCGGGCUGUGGUACUUGUUUAAUGUGGUCUUCAACAUUUAUAACAAGAAGGUGUUGAACGCGUUUCCGUUUCCUUGGUUGACGUCAACGCUCUCUCUGUUGGCGGGUACGGUGUUCAUGCUGGGCAUGUGGGCCACCAAGGCUCAACCAGUGCCACGAGUGUCCAAGGAGUUCAUGAUGGCCCUGGCACCGGUGGCACUGUUCCACACCGUGGGACACGUGGCGGCGACUGUGAGCAUGAGCAAGGUGGCAGUCUCCUUCACACAUAUCAUCAAGAGUGCUGAGCCUGUCUUCAGUGUCAUGGUCUCCAGUCUUUUCCUCGGAGAACACUUCUCAGUGCCCGUCUAUCUCUCCCUCUUGCCGAUUGUUCUUGGGUGCUCCAUUGCGGCGGUCACAGAGCUCACCUUCAAUGCAGCAGGUUUCUGGGGAGCGAUGAUCUCCAACGUUGCGUUCGUUUUGAGGAACGUUUUCUCCAAAAAGGGCCUCGAGAAGUUCAAGGAAAUCGACGGCAUCAACCUUUAUGCCAUGAUAUCAAUAGUUUCCUUGCUAUACCUGGCCCCUUUUGCGUUUUAUGUAGAGGGUACUGCUGCAUGGAAAGCGGGCUGGCAGAUGGCGAUCUCACAUAUUGGCCCACAGGUUGGAUGGUGGAUUUUCUUGCAGAGUCUUUUUUACCAUUUGUAUAAUCAGCUGUCGUACAUGGCGUUGGACAACAUCUCUCCCCUCACAUUCUCUGUUGGGAACACGAUGAAGAGAGUCGUCGUCAUUGUUACGUCGAUCAUUGCAUUCAACACGAAGGUUUCUCCUCUGAACGCGGUCGGUUCGGCUAUUGCGAUUCUUGGCACGUUCCUCUACUCCCAGGGAAAGGCGGGCUUUGUCUUGUUGCGAUUCUCCUUUCUUAAAUUCUUAUCCGAUGGUUUUGAUUGAAGGUAGAUCUAAGAUUUUAGAAUUUUAAUUUUUAGGCAGUUUAAUGAGUGGAGAUGAUAAAUGUAGCUGAGCUGU